AUGACUGAAACUCAUCCACUGACGGUCACAAUCACUAAUGUCGAGGCAAAUGGACACACUGAAAGAAUAGAAAUACCACGAGCUGGACGUGACGAAGAUGUGUUAGUAUCGUCUCCACUACCGCGUUCAAGGAGUCGGUCUUAUUCUCGAAACAAUUCGGUCAAAAACAAAUUUACUAAAAUAUUGGACUUUACAAAUACACUCAAUCAGAAGGCUAAAGACAUUGUAGAUGACGACCGACCUAUGUCCCCGUCACUUCUUGGAGACGCUGAAGUCACGAUUGAACGAUCGAUUAAUUGGGUGACGGACGAAAGAAAGAAGGCGGCUUCGAUGAUUCAAACUGCCUUAAAGCUUCGAACGAAGUAUCAGAAUGUCACAUGUGAAGCACUAGAAGAUAGUGUCGACAUCAAGUGCAAGAAUGAAAAUGGGGUAUUAGUAUUUCCUCCCCACUUCACUGAUGGUACAGUGAAUGACACCACCAAGUUCAUUGAUGACGAGGAUGUCAGAGUUUAUCAGCAAAAAGGGGUCUUUGUCGUUGAAAAUGUCGUUGGGAAUGUGCAGUAUACCCCGCCAUCAUUUGAUGAAUAUGUGAAGGACUAUAACACCCUCCUCAAAAUAGUCGAUGACGGUCCAACGAAGACGUUUUCAUCGGAAAGAAUGCAAGAGAUCCAUCACCAAUUUGAAGCACACAAAAUAUUGUCGAUAGGCCAGUCCAAGUCCGGGAAAGACUUUUUCUCUGCGAUUAAAGUGGACACCCAUAUCCACGCGGAUUCGUUUGUGACGGAAAAGAAUCUUGUGAAGUUUAUUCGCGACAAGUUCAAGGAGAAUGCUGUCGUGAAAAUAAAAGAAGAGAACGGGAAAACAGUUGAAGAAACGUUUGACCACUUUUGCGAAAGAACUGGGAUCUCGGUGGACAAACUCACAUUGAACAAAAUCGGCAACGGAAGAAAUAAAAUCGAAGACACACUCUAUUCGAUAUUUUUGAGGUAUGACAACUCCACAGAUGGAAAGUACUUUGCCGAUCUCCUUAACAACUGGUUCAAGCAACUCAUAGGAACAAAUACAUAUGCUGAGUUACGACUUCAGAUCUUUGGAUAUGGCUUGGAUGAAUAUGUGAAACUGGCGAAAUGGGUGAAGAAGUACCAUGUCAAGAGUUCACAUAACAAGUGGUUGAUUCAACUUCCAAGACACUUUGUAUCAAGAAAAAGCAAUGAAGGGGGAUUCACGUUUUCGAAGUAUUUGGCGAACUUUUUUGAACCACUCUUUCUGGCUUCAACGACACCAGAGAAGUACCCUGAACUCACCGAAUUGCUUGAAAGUGUGUCGGGGUUUGACUCUGUGGACGACGAAGGACUCGUCGAGGCAAUUACGUGGAGCGAAGUGUUUGAUCCGGACAAUUUCACGCAAUCGACGAAUCCAUCAUACUUCAUCUAUAUGUACUAUUUGUAUGUGAAUAUCACUACAUUGAAUCUCUAUAGAAUGUCUCGUGGGAUGUCAACGUUUGAUUUCAGACCACAUAGUGGAGAGACUGGACAUUAUAGUCAUCUGGCUGCUACAUUUUUGGUUGCAAAGAGCAUGUCACAUGGUAUCAAACUAGUUGACUCUCCGUCAUUGAAUUACCUCUACUUCUUAACACAAAUUGGACUGUCACUUUCACCGAUGGCUAAUCACUUGAAGAGUUGUAGCUACAAAAACAAUCCAUUUGACAACUUCUUUGUUGAGGGAUUGAAUGUCACACUGUCCACAGACAAACCACUGUAUUAUCACAGAACUCAAGACGCUCUCUUAGAGGAAUAUGCUAUGGCGCAACAGACUUAUAAAUAUGAAGACGCUGAUAUGGUGGAGAUGUGUGACAAUUCGAUCAAGCAAAGUGGGUUCUCUGUAUUAAACAAAUUGAAGAUGUUGCAACUGUCCAAAGGAGGUCGUUUUUCGUCGAAAAGAACGUUGUUCAGAGAGCGAAUAUUAAACACUGAAUUUCAGAUAUUGGACGCACUCCAACAUGAAAACAAAAAUGGGCUAUUCCUCAAUCUCCCUUAUUCGACGGUGGACUUGAACUUCUCGACGAAUGAUAAGAAGGAAGUCGAUGUGAUGAGGAAAGUGACGUACUUUAUGUCGCUUCGAGAGAAAUAUCUCGAAGAGUGUCCUCCGGCAAUUAUGACUGAGGCGGAUGAGGCACAAAUAGAAUUGCCGACACGCGAACAACUCUUCUGUUCAAUGGAAAAUGGGGUGUACAAUAUAUACAACACGCCGGACUCUGUGUGCGAUAUCGAUAAGUUCCACCACUCGUUCAUAUACUGUUUUGACUGCAAGAAGAAGUUCUGCAAGAAGUGCUUUAAGCAGUCCCAUAAGGACAUCUACCACUCUAUUAGGAAGAUUCCCCAAUUUCCAUUUUUCCCGACCAUCCCAAUUGAAGGAUUUUUGGAUGACUAUACCGAACUUGUCCGAUUUUGUGCGGAUGGUCCGUCGCGAUCGUACUGUUACAAACAACUGAAGUGCAGAGAAGAAAUAUUCUUGUUACAUAAGAUACUGAACAACUCACUGGAGAGUCAGGAGAUGAAGAAGUUGCCGGUCGACUUUGAGAAGUGCAUUAAAGUGGAUUCUGUUGUUUCUGCGUCCCGAUCAUUCCAUCCUAAGGACUUGCUCCGGUUGAUUGAGAAAAAGGUGUCAGAAGACGGGGACAGAGUGGUCUUUCCGGAGCUCAAAAUUACGACGGAGAAUGGGAUGAAAGUGUACAAACAUGUGAUACUGAAGAAUGCAUUCCAGAUAUAUAAAGUCAAAGAAUUUUCGUUAGACAAGAUGUCUGUCUCAUGUGACCCAUCUAUGCUGCAAAGGUAUGAUUUGUGGGAUACGAAAAACACUGUCUUUAAUGUGAAAGAACUCCGCGACUUGUUCUUGACGACGAACAACUUUUUAGACGGAGAGUAUUUCUGUGAGUUUUUGAAACAAACGCAAUUCAACAAAAAGAAGAUCACGUCGAAUAUUAAGACUGAGAUGCACUUGUGUUUGUAUGGGAGAAAGAUGAGCGAGUUGGAGGACAUUGCGAAAAUAGUGAUUAAAGAGGAUAUCAUCCGGGAGGACUCGAAUAAGUUUUCCAUUCAAAUACCUCGAAAAUAUUCUGAACUGAAAAAAGCGGGAGAUGUCACAUGCUUUGAAGAUGUGUUGAGAAAUAUCUUUGAACCCAUUUUCUUGUCGACAUUGAAUCCUGACAAAUACCCUGAACUGACUCAUUUCUUAAAUAAUGUGGGAGCCUUUGAUUGUAAAGGAGAUGAAAUGGAGUAUGAAGGGAAAUUGUCGAUUGAUUCAUUGCCAUUGCCGAGGAAGUGGAAUUCACAUAAGGAACCCCCUUUUGUGUAUUGGAUUUACUUUGUCAAAAGUAAUUUGUUUGUGCUGAACAAUUUGAGGAGAAGUCUGAAGAUGAAUACAUUUGACUUUAAACCGCAUUGCGGGGAGGCGGGAGACCCAAUGCAUAACGCCGCAGCAUUUUUGACGGCAGACUCGAUUUCACAUGGGAAUACACUGGACAAUCAAAACACACUCCAAUACCUCUUCAUAUUGGCGAGAAUUGGAAUUGUGUGCUGCCCUAUUUAUGACAAGUUCUUGUAUGACAUUGUCGACCACCCUUUUUAUAAAUAUUUCAUGAGAGGAAUGUUGGUCACUUUAUCUACAGACUCUCCGAUGCAUACACACUCGACUAAAGAACCACUCGUUGAAGAGUAUGCCUCAACUAUAAAACAAUUCAAACUGACGGCCACAGACAUUGCAGAGAUCACACAGAACUCCGUAACAGUCUCUUCAUUCCCAGAGACACUCAAGAAGGACUGGAUGAAAGACCAAAACUUGGAACCAUCAAACGUCGUCCCAGAAACACGAAUUGCCUUCAGAGAAAAGUAUUCACAGAUUGACUUGGACACACUUUUGAAAUUCAACAUCGGGUCAACUCACAUAGCCCAGGAGAGUAAGAUCGAUUUAUAUUAG